UCGCCGUACAAAAGAGGAAAUUGACGCCAGGGAGACGCACGUGAUGUAAGCGACGUCAACAACUCAGCUGAGAGUACGUUACGCAAAUACUUUUUCAGAACCUUCGCAAAAUACGUCCGUGUACCAUCACUUCGAAGCCCUCUGUGUACUAGCAUGGUGGAUGCUUGACCAGUCAUGUCCCAGCUUUCACAAGGCUUUGUUUAUGUUGCUGUAAUCCUCCAGAUUUUCCACCCUAGACUACACGUUUGUAAUAUCUUGAGUCAUCGUGUCAAUGAGUGACGAAAUUGAAGUGGUUGGGACAUACAGCGACACAGAGGAGCAUGAGUCACUUACAGACCAAAACUCGUUGGUCUCCCAGAAUGGCAGCCUUGUGGAUGAGAUUGAUGCCGCCACCAAGAGGAAGAAACACUGGCGGAACCUUCUGUCAUUCUGGCUGCUAGGUCUCACUAAUAACUUUGCCUAUGUUGUCAUGCUCUCAGCCGCCCAUGAUAUCCUCUCUCAGGACUUUAACGGUGGUGGUGGUGGUGGUGGUGGUGACGCCGGUGGUGGUAAUGGCAGCGUUACACCGGGCAAUGACACCAACACCACCAAUCCCCGUGACUGCAACACCAUCAGCACCGGCGCUGUCCUGCUGGCUGACAUCAUCCCCUCCCUUCUCAUGAAACUCUGGGCUCCCUUCAUCUUCCUUCACAUACAUGGCCGUGUGAGUCUGGUGGUGGUGCUGGGGACAUGUUCCUUCCUGCUGGUGGGCUUGGCAACCAGCAGGAUCAUGGCAAUAUUUGGCGUGAUCUGUGCUGCUGCUGGUGCUGGCCUUGGUGAGGUGUCCUUCCUCUCCUACUCUGCCAACUACCAUGAGAACGUUGUGUCCACCUGGUCGUCAGGCACAGGGGCAGCCGGAGUGUUUGGUGCUGUGACCUUUGCCGUGCUCACCUCUGCUGGACUCACCCCCCGCACCUCAGUGUUGAUCAUGUUGGUGGUGCCUUUGAUCAUGAGCGUGAGUUUCUGGGUGAUUCUCACACAUCCUGUAAGAACAAAAUGCUGCAGUCCUUGUAUGAAGUAUGGUAGUAUCAGUGAGGAGGAAGAAGAGAGUAUGUUGCCUUCAAGCCGUCCAUCACCUCCUCUAACAUUUAGCCAGAAAAUGAAUUUGCUUCCCUCUCUAAUGAAGUACAUGAUCCCUGUGUUUAUGGUGUAUUUGGCUGAGUAUGUGAUUAACCAAGGCUUGUUGGAGCUAGUGUACUUCCCUGAGGACCGAGCCUGGCUUGACCACCACGAGCAGUACAGGUGGUAUCAGGUGAUCUACCAGGUGGGGGUCAUGGUGUCCAGGUCUUCUGUUAACUUUGUACACAUCAACCACAUCUGGAAGACCUCUGUGUUACAGUGGAUCAAUGUGGUUCUCUUCCUGACGUGUGCCAUCUACUGGUGGAUUAAAAAUAUCUGGCUAGUGUUCUUCCUAAUUUUCUGGGAAGGUUUGCUAGGAGGAGCAGCAUAUGUUAACACUUUCUACAGAGUAUCUCAAGAGAUCAGUGAACCUCACAAGGAGUAUGCCAUGGGGGUGACCACACUGGCAGACUCCUUUGGGAUAACAGUGGCAGGUCUUAUUGCCAUUCCUAUCCACAAUGCCAUUUGCAGCUUGCCAGUGAAGUGAUGGAGAGAUACAGUGGGAGAGAGAAGGUAGAGGUGGGAGCAGUGAUAAGGAACAGUCAGCCCAAGUAGGUAAUGAACAUUUGCUAAUUGUUGUUAUGAUAUUUUUUUAAUUGUUUUGUUCUGCCAUGUCUACUUAAGGCUGGUCUUUCCUGCCCCUCUGAGUGUUGGGGAACAGUGUGGCUAGUGUGGAUGCUCAGAUUCUCUUAUUGUUUCUCGUGUUGAAAGUUUGUUGAUGUGCCAUUUCCUGUGUGUUUGUGUGUGUUUAUUAACUUUGACUGUGUAACUUCUAUAGAACCUGAGCAGUUUUCUAAUGCCCAGUUUCUAAAUGUACAUUAGUCGAGCAUUUUUUCUCAAAGUAUUAUUGACUGCAAUUACUCAUGCUUUUAAAUUUAUUCCAGAUGUCUAUGUUUCUGUUUGAAGAACUGUACCUUCAUACCACUAACACAUUUAAUCUCUCUUAAUCCAUUUUCAUGUCUUAAGUUUCUUUAUCCUGUCUGACUGCAAUUUCUUUUGAGUCUUUAUUCACAUGUCAAGCUGGUAAACAUGGGACCAGUUUUCAUGUUGCUCAUUACUUUAUAUAUAUAUGGGGGCUGCCAUGUUGCAGUGGGACCUCUCAUGCUUUGGGGGCAAAGGGUUCCUCAGGUGCAUGGGUUCAAAUCCUGGCCAUGGUCCAAGGGUAGGAAGGGCAUCCACUUGGUGUGACGGUUCCCAAAUGUCAGAUCCAAAGUCCUUCAUUAGGAGGCAUUGUCCUAGCCCUGACAGAUAGGCAUAAGAAAAUAAAUAAAUAAAUAAAUAAACAAAAUGAAUAUAUGUGUGUGUGUGUGUGUGUGUGUGUGUGUGUGUGUGUGUGUGUGUGUGUGUGUGUGUGUGUGUGUGUGUGUGUGUGUGUGCCAUUAUUAUUUUUUUAAUUUAUUUAUUAUCUUUUUUCAUCCACAAUUGCUGCAUAAUCAGUUUUGUGCUUAUCAUUGUUGUUAUUUUCCUCACUGUGUGCUCCUCCAUAUAUAAAAAUCCAUCCUUAUAAUUGUUAAUAGUGUGUGUGUGUGUGUGUGUGUGUGUGUGUGUGUGUGUGUGUUCUGUUUCAAAAGCAAGAUCAAGGUAGUGAGUCAGUAGUUUGAUGUAUACAGUAUUUUAUGCAAAUGAAAGCUGUAGAUCACAAAACAUAGAGUGAAUACAGUAAAACAUUUUAUGUAGUACUAACAGACUAGUUGCUUCUUUUAUGAGUCUCAAAAUGUAAGAUGUGUUUUGAAAGAGACUGAGAAAUAGUGUUCAGCUGGAGAGGAUGGAACAUCCAGAACAGUGCCAGGCAUGGAGAGUUAGUGCUGGAGUGGAAUAGCAUUUUGAACCAGAGGAAAUUCCAGGAAGGUCCUGACUCUGAGAAGCCUCGUCAUUAAUGAAGAGAAAUAUAAGUCAAGAAUACAAGGGAGAUAGCCAAGCUGAAAUGUCACGUAUCAUUUCAUUGCGGGAAUUAAAAUACAGGGGAAGGGGAAGGGUUUCCCUGUCCAUUUGCUUCAUUUCUUAUAGUGGACAUUUGCUAUGUGCAGGAAGUUCAGGGGGAGUAUUAUUCUAGCCUGGCUGCAGAGUGUGCCACCAGGCCACUUCUCCACCACACAAGUAAAAAUAUAACCUAGAUUAUACAAAAGGCCUCAGAGCAAGGGUGAGCAAGGAACUGUGGGUCAAUUGCCCUUUAAUACUUACCAACCUUCCUGUGUGUAAGGAAGGCCAGUCACCAGGCAUGUGGGGAUGUUCAUUCCACUCAGCUAUUAUUGAAAAAAAAAAAAAAAAAAAAAGAAUUUCACUUCCCCCUUUUUGAAUACCUCAGUUCCCUCCUCCAAAGUGCCACCACACCCUCAGCUAUCGCAUCCUGCGUUUCCUGGAUGCAUUUCCAGACCAUCCCUCGCAUGCUUAAAUGUGUAUAAAGCAGACCCUCUAUAAAUUGGACCAGUUAGGGAGAAACCCUUUCCAAAUGUCCAACAAUUUGGGAUAUCCAAAGUUUUAAAAGUGUGUGUGUGCCACUGGUCUUACUGGCCAGACACUAAAAAAAUGAAUAUGAUAUUAUAUUAAAUAUUGCUAAUAAUGCAUAGUUGUCUGAAAUAUCUAAUUAUUCACCACUGUACAUCACAUUACACAUUAUAAUCAUCCAUUAUAAUGAUAUACAUUUUAUCGUAAAAUGACUUAAUGCUAUAGUUUGUGGGAGGGUUGAGGUGACCAGAAUCAGCUCCUGAUUUGGGACAGACCGUGGAAUUAAAUUAUAUGUGCUUUCAUGGGAUUGUGUGCAAUAUGCCAGUACAUUUAUUAUUUUGUCUGUUGAAACUGAUAAUGAAGACUGAACAUAAUAAUAAUGAGAGAGGUACCAUUUCACAUCAUACUGACAACUUGCUGUCAUUUUCUCAAUUCCUCUGUACAGGUUGACCAUCAAUAUUUCAGCAUCCUUAGUUUUAGAGCUGCCCUGAAUUAGCCAUUUUCCAGGAUUAACUAAAGUUUAGCCAUUAACACCUCAAAUACACCUGCCUAAAAAGAUAUUGUGCCUGUUAUGACAAAGAGUGUUUUCAAGCAAAAUGAAACAGCUACUGUACUAAAUUAAACACAAAUACCAUGAAACAGGAUAAAGGAAACAAACCUGGCAAACUUGUCAAUGUACGUUGCUGCUCCUUCCUUAUUCACUGGUCAUUUUUCUCACAAACUUUACAUAAUGAAAUGCCAUGGCACUUCUGGAAUCUCUGCAAGCACUCAUUAUACUCACUGUGAUAUUCUAAUGCAAACUUUGUGAAACUCCUUAGCUUGUUCCAUCAUCAUCAUGCCAGAUAAGCCCACACCAUCAUUACAUUGCUCUCAAAACCAGUGCAUCUUUACUUCAUCAAGAUCUGUACUUUUUCCUUCUGUCAUUGUUUAUUUGUAUGCAGAUCCAUUUCCUUUAAUCACUGUCAGCAUUUAUCAUACACAGUUGAUCAUAUGCUGUAAGUGCCACACAAGUGAUGAACAGGAACAUCACAACCCAGCAUAUUUAAAAUUAAAAGGUAGAGAAUAUAGCAUGCUGAAAAUAUAUCAGAUUAAACCAUGCUGAAGUAUCAAUGGUCAGCCUUUGCAUCAAGUUGCAGGCUAUUCCUAAAUGUAAAGAGGAACAAUAUUACAUUUUGAGAAAAAUUCACUAAUGUAAAAGUUAGUGAUCUGAAUUUUCAAUUAAAUAAACUAGUUUUCUUCCUGUGAAAUUUAUUAAAGAGGAUUCUACAGUAUUACAGUGAGUGAUAGUGAAUGUCUACAACACCUCCAAUAAUGCUGUAAGGAUUCACAGUGUGUGUAUGCUUGUCAUUAGAAUCAUCUUAUGUUUAGUAUUUGUAAUUCAGAUUCUGCAGUAGAUAAAAUUCUAUUUCACUUUAAAAAAAAAAGAACUGUGUUCAUUUAAUGGCUGCUAUAGCUUGUUCACAAGUACAAUGAAAUAUUAUGAUCCUGUAGUGCAAGUUUAGAGUAUAAUUUUUUAAAGAUGUGACAAACAGCAGAAGUUAGUGAGCAGUUAAUAUCUUUUAAUGGAUGUGCUUUUAAUAUUGCUACUGAGAUUUUGCUACUGCCAUUAGCCAUCAGCAGUCAUAAAGUUGCUGUGGUUGAAAGUUUAUGCAUUAUCCAGUACAUAAUUGAAUUCCUAGUUAUCUCAGGAUUAACAUGUGUAUACCAAUUGCUCAUUGAUCAACAGAUUGAUGUGAAUCUCACACUUCAUGACACACUGUACUGUAGAUUUUUUCUCAUAAUAUUUUUGAUAAGGAUUAGCUCAACACUACUAUUAUCAAAGAAAGCUAAACAGUUUAGGACCUUGGACCAAUCUGUAUGUGAGUAAGUAGAUCAAUACCUAUGUGUGAUGUAUCUUGACAUUAAUGGAGAAUAUACAAUUAGAUACUUGGUAAGUGAUCACUGAUAAUGUUUGUCUUUCUAUCACUUAUUAUAUGAUGAACAAUCUUAAUAUGUGUAGACAAUAUAUUUGGUAUUAUAUGUGUUGUUUUGUAACUAACAUACUAGUAUGGAUUGCACACAAAAUACCAUCCACUAUAUAAGUUUACAGGGUCUAUUUUUGUAUUAUAUGUGACAAUAUAGCUUUAAUAAACUCAUAAUUUGCAAA